AUGGUAGAUGAUGGUCUGAAGAUGAGGGGGGAAACUACAGCUCAGAAGAAGAAGGAAGAUGGAAUUUCAAUGAAUAAAGAGAUUGAGGAGAGCAAAUACAUGUCUGCUCUACCUUUCCCCCAGAAGCAAAGAAGAGAAAAGCUGGACAAACAAUUCGAGCGCUUUCUGGAAGUGUUCAAGCAGGUGCAUGUGAAUAAACCUUUCACAGAGGUGCUCUCACAGAUGCCAACUUAUGCAAAAAAAAUUGAAGGGGAUAUUGUCCAAGAAGCGGAAAGUGGAAGAGACAUUGGUGGUCAAGCUCAUAGAGCAUUUUUGAAAUUGGAGGGAGAGAUUGGAGAAAUCAGGUCGAUACAUGUAUCCUUGCAACUGGCGGAUCAGACUAAAAUCAUACCUAAAGAAAUAGUGGAAGAUGUGCUGGUUCGGGUGGAAAAAUUAGUGUUCCUUGUGGACUUUAUUGUGGUGAACAUGGAGGAGAAUGGGGAGGUCCUGCUGAUUUUAGGAAGACCCUUCUUGGCUAUGGGCAGAGCAAUUCUAGACAUUUAG